GUGUGCAAACAGCCUGCGCUCAACGACCAGAGAGCGAUUCUGCAAAACAGCCGUUCUUCUCUGACGAUACUUCGCAGUGACCCUGCCUGUGUGUUCAGCUCAAUGGGUGUCUUACUGUCAGUUUGGAUGUGCAGCAGGGCAGAGAGUAGCCCUCUCUCCUCUUCAUCAGCUUUCCCCUCUCUGGCUGUCGCGACAUCCUCUCGCCUUGCUGUCACUCUGAACUCUUUCCCGGUUGCUCCAGCAGACAGUCGUUCACACUGGAGCACAGUGCACUGCUCCUCUCACUUCCUGCUGUCUGCCUGCAAACAGGAAGUGACACGUUCACCUGUUGAGCUGAGCAGCGACGGGGUAAGAGCAGAAAUGGGGGUGAAGACUGGGCUUCAUGUCUGGGAGUUGCUGUGGAGUCCCAACCACAGAGGUAGCCAUGCCGUCAUGGGCAUUUCCAGGCAGAGCUGCCCCCUGCAGGCCUCAGGCUACAACGUGCUAAUUGGCAGAGACUCGCAGUCCUGGGGUUGGGAACUCAAAACCAAUCAGCUCUGGCAUGCUGGGCAGAGUCUGGGACCUUACCCAGGAACCAAGAAGAGAUGCCACUCUGAGGCCGUGGAGGAUUUUAGGACACAGUCUUCCACUUCAUCCCACACAAAGACGACACAGACACCUCUUCCCAUCCCUGAGCGCAUCCUGCUGGUCCUGGACGCCGACGCAGGGACUCUGGGAUUUGUUGUUGAUGGCAGCUUCCUUGACGUUGCUUUCAAAGACCUCCCUCGUGGAGUGGAGCUGUUCCCAGCUGUGAGCAGCGUGAGAGGAGGAUCCAGCAUACGACUACGAUACCUGAACGGCGCCACGCGUGAUCCCCCUGUCUUGAUGGCUCUAUGUGGACAUUCAAUUCGACAGAUUUUAGGGCAACAGAGGGAAACUCAAAUGGACAAACUGCCUCUACCCCCUUGUCUCCAGCACUACUUGCUUUCUACUCAUUAAUGUACACUUAUUCAUGCACAAACACAAACAAUAGGAAACAGUUUGUCAAUUACUGAAGUGUACCAAGAAUUUCUAGAUUUAUAUAUGAAAUUGAUGUGUACACACA